AUGGGGAUGGCCAUCAUUCUGCCAGUGCUUCUUGCCCUCGCUGAGAGUGUCGUCACCCUCGCCGCAGGCCAGACGGGCAGCGAUUGCAAGCGUGACAAACCCAGGUACCAUGAAGACGCGGGGGUGCUCAAAUAUGUCAAUCAUCUCAUUGGCACCUAUGGCAUGACGCCGAACGGGAACGGUGGCAUGAUCCCAUCGGUCGCACCGCCGUUUGGUAUGACUCGGUGGACACCACAGACGCGAGAGAACUUCAUCUCGCAGGUCCCCUAUGGAGACAGCGACCGCCUGAUACAUGGCUUUCAAGCCACACACCAGCCGGCGAUUUGGAUGGGUGAGGCAGGCCAGGUAGUGCUGACCCCCGGACUGGGAGAAGUGCAACCGCUCUUCCAGAACCGAGGACUCGCGUUCCGGAAGGAGGAAGAACAUAGCACGGCCUAUGUGUAUGAGGUUCUUGUUGAUGCGACACAGCUUGUGAACCGGAACUGGAAUGCCACAGCAGAGGCAGUUGGAGAUGGUCCAGUUCCAGGGGGGGCAGGUGCCGUGCCGGAUAAUGUGGAAGAAGGUACAAAUGGGAGAUCGCGAAAACGUGAGAUACAACCGGAGCCAUUAAGCAGCGAUGGCUCUGAAGGAGAUGCCUACCAACGCUCUAUCCAAAUCGCCCUCUCCGCCAAUGCUCAUGCAGGGCACCUCCGAUUUGAUUUCCAGCAAUGUGGGGAUAUUCCUGAUCACCAGCGCCUUCAGCCCUGGGUUUUCAUCGAAGUUUCUCGACGAAAUUGGACAGGCGAUGUCCAUGUCGACGUUGACAGCCGAGAAAUAUACGGCUACAACACUGAGCGACAGGAUUACCUCCUUGGUCCCGACUAUGCACCAUCCUUCAAAGGAUAUUUUGUUUCCCGCUUCUCGGAGCCCUUUGAGGAAGUGGGAGUCACCAAUGGAAACGACGUUGUCGACAAUGCAUACGAGCGACAUGGGAAUUUCACUGGGGCCUACGUCAAGUUUCAGAGGGGCGUACGCAGGGUCGAGGUACGGACUGGCGUUUCAUACGUCAGUAUUGAACAAGCGCGGACAAAUUUGGCUCUUGAGAUGCCCAAUGACGCAACAUUUGAGAGCACUGUCGCAAACGUGAAGCAGCAGUGGCUCGAGAAACUCGACCGCGUUACUAUCGACGGAGUCAAUGAUACUGAUUCGGAUCAUGAUCCUCGCACCAUCUGGUAUACCGGCCUUUUUCACGCAUUACAGUACCCCAGUGACUUUUCAGAACCAUCUUUGAAUGGCAAGGACAUAACCCGUGUCUUUUACUCCGGGUACACGGACAGGGUACACACGGCAGAUGACUCUUACUAUCAGUCGUGGUCCCUCUGGGACACCUACCGGGCGGAGCAUUCUCUUCUUACACUUUUCGCGCCAGAACGGGUGAAUGGUAUGAUGCGUACCUUGCUUCGCAUUUUCGACUGGUCUGGGUGGUUACCCAUGUGGGCGAAUCUGAUCGAAACAAACAUCAUGAUUGCUACAAAUGCGGAUGUAGUGCUCGCCAACGCACUCGAACGUGGGUUCCGUGGCUUCGACCUAGCAAAAGCCUGGGCUGCAGUUAAGAAGGAUGCGUAUACACCGCCGGAUCAUGACACAGAGCUUCUUUACUAUGACCGCGAGCCACGCACUCCUUACGAAGCUCGUGCGGGGCUCACCGCUUAUAUCAAGCAAGGAUGGGUGCCCAACGAUGGUUGGUCCGAGUCGGCGAGUCGUACCUUGGACUAUGCGUUUAAUGACUAUGCCUGCUCUGUGGUUGCGGGCCACGCUGGAGCUGAUAUGAAUAUCAUCACGGCGCUCCAGGGCCGAAGUCGAAACUACGUCAACCUUUGGAACAAUGACACUCAGUUUAUGCAGGCCCGCAAUGCGAACGGCACAUGGGCCAACAAUACCUGGGGCUGGACAGAGGGCGAUGACUGGGUCUAUACCUUUGACGUGAUGCAUGAUGUCAAGGGGUUGGCUAAACUCUUUGGUGGUCGGGAGUCUAUGCGUCAUAAGCUAGAUGCACAUUUCCAAGGCGGGCACAAUGAACAUAGCAAUGAGCCGAGCCAUCAUGUUCCUUAUCUCUACUCUGUGCUUGGCUUUUCAUCCCAAGCCGCGGAGGAAAUCCGGAAGAUUGCCUGGAGCAACUACAACACCACUAGUGGUGGACUAAGUGGCAAUGAGGAUCUUGGGCAAAUGAGCGCAUGGUACGUUUUUUCCGCUCUCGGAUUCUAUCCCGUCAACCCAGCAAGUGACGAAUACAUUGUGGGCACACCGUUUUUCGAGAAAGUAUCCAUCCGCCUCCCCGGCAGGGCGGCGACGGGAGGUGCCAUGGCCAACCAGCCAGAAAAGGUUCUUGUCAUCAGUGCCCCAGGGGCACCGGCCAAACCGUAUAUCAAAAACUUAAAAGUGGACGGGAAAGAUAUAUCUCGGCCCAUUUUGCGGCAUGGUGAUAUUGUUCAUGCGACAAAUAUCGAAUUUGAGAUGAGCGAUGUUCCUACAUCAUGGGGUACAAACCCUCUAUGGUAG